AUGCAGUGGUUGCGAGACGUAUACCAGCGCAGAUGUCAGACCCAGCACUGGACAGCGGUCGCUCGUGCUUAUCUUCUACAUCUUUUGGGUUGCACUCUUUUUGCUAAUAAGAGUGCAACCCAUGUUCAUGUCUCACACUUACAGGCGUUUCGUGACCUCACUCUUGCUGGGCGGUAUGCAUGGGGAGCUACUGGCCUCGUCCAUAUGUACGAUAAGCUUAAUGAUGCCAGUCUCAGCACCAGCCGACAGCUUGCUGUUGCGGACUACAAUGCUGAUUCGGACUACGACGAGGUGUCACCACAUGCAUGUCGGUGGAUUGCGACGAAGAAGACUGUGAAGAAGGACUUUCAUAUGAUUUCGUGCUUCUCGGGACAGCUCCGCUGGGGGCCUAUUGUUGUCAGAUACAGAUCGGAGAGGGUUAUGCGCCAGUUUGGCUACGUCCAGUGCAUUCAUGCACACCCUGUCCAUUCAUGGGUGUCAUAUGAUGACGUGGACGAUACUUGGACGCACUACUCAGACCAUCUGGCGGUAACAGGUGAUCUAUGUGUUGUGCCAGGUCAGUGUGCGCCUGACUACAUAGACUGGUUUUUUGUCAUAUCGCAUCCAUUCAUGACUGCGCCACAGACGGAUCCUCCUCGAGAUGCAUAUGCGACGCAACCCAGUCAUAUCCCUCAUGAGGCAGCACUGACAUCAACACAUAUGGAUCCUGAUGCGGACGAGCCCAGACAUGUAGUGGCUUGUCAUGCGAUCGCGGAGGCGUUGGAGCAGCAUCUAAAUGCGCCUGACACAUCCACACAUGAAGAGGUCAUCCAAAAAUGUCUCAGGAUUGCCAGGGGUGUCACAGAAGACCGCAAUGUGUAUGUGAGAUCUCGACAUAGGCGGCGCACGGAUCAACAAUAG